AUGGCCUGGCCGGGUCCCUGGCGGCCGGGUCCGCGCUGGGCGGGCCGGCUCGGCGCUGGACGGGCCGGUCGAGCGGGGGUUGCCGUAGCGGGGGGGCAGGAUGGUAGGGGGGUGCGCGCCGGCAGGGCCGGGUCCGCGCUGGCCGGCCGGGUCAGCGCUGGUCGGGCCGGGUCCGCGCUGCUCGGGCCGGGUCCGCGCUGGUCGGGCCGGCUAACGCGUGGUCGGGCGGGGUGCGCGCUGGCCGGGCCGUGUCAGCGCUGGCGGGCCGGGUCGCGCUGGUCGGGCCGGGUACGCGUGGCCGGGCCGGCUCCGCGCUGGUGGGCCGGGUCCGCUGGUCGGGCCGGGUCCGCGCUGGUCGGGCCGGGUCCCGCUGGCCGGGCGGUCCGCGCUGGCCGGGCCGGGUCGCGCUGGCCGGGCCGGGUCCCUGUGGUCGGGCCGGGUCGCGCUGGUGGGCGGGGUGCGCGCUUGGCACGGGCCGGGUACCGCGCUGGCCGGGCAGGGUCCGGCUGGAGGCCAGGGUACGCUUGCCGCGGGCCGGGUCCGCGCUGGCCGGGCAAGGGUCCGCGCUGGCCGGCCGGGUCCGCGCUGGACGGGAGGGUCCGCUGGUCGGGCCGGGUCGCGAGCGAGGCGCGGGCCCGCUCCGCUGGGCGGUAG